AUUUUUUGAAAGGGGAAAUAAGUCAUAAUGAUCCUGAAGUGUUUGUCUAUAAGCAAGUUUCCUCUUUAUGGAUAAUCAAAGGAAAUGAGCGUGAUCACUGGAAAACAACAUCUCUAAAAUAUAAACUUAACGUUAAAAGUUAACACUGUUAACAUGUCAGCUAGUGGCAAGGUUGUAGAUAGGAUAACUGAUGAAGCCAAAGGCAGGAUAUCGAGAAUUAUCCAACAAAGAAGAUGGUUCCAUCCUAACAUAAGUGGGAUAAAGGCUGAGGAACUAUUGAAGGAACGAGGUUAUGACGGGAGUUUCCUGGCCAGACACAGUAGUAGUACACCAAAUGAUUUCACAUUAUCUGUCAGAAGGAAUAAUGAAGUAACACACAUAAAAAUCCAGAACAAUGGAGAAUAUUAUGAUUUGUAUGGAGGGGAAAAGUUUGCCACCCUCGCUGAACUUGUGCAAUAUUAUAUGGAAAAUCAAGGUCAACUCAAGGAGAAAAAUGGAGUUGUUAUUGAACUUAAAUAUCCAUUAAAUUCUGAAGAUCCCACAACAGAAAGAUGGUUUCACGGCCAUUUAUCUGGGAAGGAAGCAGAAAAGGUGCUAAUGGAAAAAGGAAAGAAUGGUAGUUACCUGGUGAGAGAGAGCCAGAGUAAACCUGGAGAUUAUGUUCUGUCAGUCAGGACAGAUGACAAGGCUACACAUGUUAUGAUCUGUUUUCAUGAAGCAGAAGAAAAUUAUGAUGUUGGUGGUGGUGAGAAAUUCAAAAGUUUGUCAGAUUUGAUAGAACAUUAUCGCAAAAAUCCCAUGGUAGAACGAUCGGGUACAGUUGUACAUCUUAAAACACCUUUCAAUGCUACACGAAUAUCAGCAUCAGGCCUGCAGGCUCGGGUCAAACAACUAGACAAUGAUAAGGAAAAGAAACAAGGGAACAAAGGUGGAUUUUGGGAUGAAUUUGAGCAAUUACAACAGAUGGAAGUCCGACAUCUAUAUAGUCGUAAAGAAGGUCAACGACCAGAAAACAAGCCGAGAAACAGAUACAAAAAUAUCUUGCCAUUUGAUCAUACCCGUAUUGUAUUACGUGAUGGUGACCCACAAGUGAUAGGUUCAGACUAUAUUAAUGGUAAUUUAAUAUCAACAGAAGAUGAUAAUUUAGAUCUGAAGAAAGGUUAUAUUGCUACUCAAGGUGCUUUGCCAAAUACUGUUGUUGAUUUCUGGAGAAUGGUCUGGCAGGAAAACUGUCGGACUAUUGUCAUGACAACAAAGGAAGUAGAACGUGGAAAGGUGAAAGCCGUGCGGUAUUGGCCUGGACCAGAUAGUCCAGAAAGCAACUUAACACAGUCAUGGGAUGUUUAUGAUGGCAAAAUGACAUUAAAACAUAUAUCACAGAAACAAGAUAGUGACUUUAUAUAUCGUGAAUUUGAAUUGUAUCGUGAAGGUAGAGACGGAAAGCAAUUAGAGAGUACUCCUCGUUGUAUAUAUCACUAUCACUUUCUACCUUGGCCUGAUUAUGGUGUACCAGGAGAUCCAGGAAGUGUCCUCAACUUUCUAAAUAUAGUCAAUACAAAACAAGAUUCAAUAAAGGAGGCUGGCCCCGUUGUUGUUCAUUGUAGUGCUGGUAUUGGCAGAACUGGAACAUUUAUUGUGAUAGAUAUUAUACUCAAUCAAAUCAAACUGUUUGGGUUGGAGUGUGAAAUAGAUAUACAGAAAACAAUACAAAUGGUACGAUCUCAGAGAUCUGGUAUGGUGCAAACUGAAGCGCAGUAUAAAUUUGUAUAUAUGGCUGUGCUUCAUUACUUAGAAACAGAAAAACAGAGAAAAAGAGCAGAAGAGCAAAGUGUAGGAAGAGAAUACACAAACAUAAAAUACACAGUUGAGUCUGUAGCAAGACCAACAUCGAGGCCCAUUGUACCGCCACAGCCAGCAAACUCAAAGAAGAAAGAAAAGAAAGACUUACCAAAGUUGCCUGAAGAUAACAGACAAAUUUAUCAAAACAUUACUCCUUUAAAGACAAACAAAACAUGAAAGGUGCCAUUGUAUAAACUUUGCCAAACAGAAGAAGUCAAACUUCAAACAUAUUUAUUAUUAGGGCUCUAUUGCUGUUGUCAGUAUUUUUAGUAAUAUUGUAAUUGAUUAUGAUCAUUUAAUCAGAACAGUGACCUUUGACCUGGUGUCGUAAGGUCAUGUUCAGAUUUGUAUAACUUAAGAAUGCUGCAAAAUCUAAGCAAUUGACUCUAUUUGUAAAAUUCAGAAUUUAGUCAGUUUCAAGAAUUAAAAUGUGUAGACAACACAGUUUGUGAACAAUCUACAUGUUAAUUUCAAAGAUAAAAGAGUGUCAGUGUGUAGCUUUAGUAUACACAAUACAUAAAAAUGUAGACUGAAAAUAACCUUAAAAUUUAAGGAAAACAAGAAAGAUUUAUUUAAGAAUUAGGUCAUAGACCUGGUAAUAGACAUAAAUAUCAUUAAUUUCUAUUAAAAGAAUUACUUCCCUUGCCAUUUCAAGAUUUAAAAAUAAGCUACAGCUGCUUAUAAAUUUCCUAAAUAACUUUACAUCAGUGUGAUAUAACAUUAUUGUUAAUCUUUUCAUUUUUAGUCCUAUAUAAUGUAUAAUGAUCACUCAUUAACAUGGCACUAGAAACUAUUUCCAAAUAUCUUAGAUAAUUAAAAGGUAUAUUAAGUUUUAAAAAGAUAUCAUGCAUUGCAUUUGAUAUGUGACUUUCUCUUUGAUGCAUUUUCUUUAAGCAGUCUUUCAUUCUCUAUACAUGUGUCAAAAGCUUUGAAAAAAUUAUCCCUACGUACAAUAUUAUUAUAGAUAGUUUUGCUUUUUGUUAUGAAUAAAAUAUAUUUCUUUUAAUCUGUAAAUAGAAAUUAUGUUACAGAUAUAUAUAAGCUUGUAAUAAAUGUUAUGUAUAAACAACGAUUUGUUACAAGUAAUGCUACCUCUAGGUAAUUUUGGUGCCAUACAAAUGUUACUGUUAGCUGCACCGUUAUGAAAUGAUGUUUUUUUAAAAAGCAACUUCCAAUGAAUGAUAUAAGAUAUGUAAGCAGAACUUCUGUAAUAUCCCUGAAUUGUCAUCUUCCUCAUAUAUUAUUGUAAUAAUUUAGGUGAUUAAAUAUAUAUAUA